AUUUAUGAACCUGCAGGGAUCUACGAGCGUUUAUAGCUUUUCAUUUUACUAUUUAGAGAAAAUAAACUAUUUUAUCUUUUUUUUUUUAUGCAGUGAUUUUUAGAUGAUGCAUCCGGACUCCAGCACUGAGUUCGACUCAUCCUCCAGCUGUAGCACAGCAUCGCCUGGCGGGGACACCCCUGGGUGCAGCCAGCCCCCUCCUGACUCGCUUUCAUCAUCUAUGGACGGCGCCAAGGACAGUGACACCAGUGCAACAGACUCCUUUGUUCCCACCGUGACUGCGAUCUCCACCUCGCCGGAUCUCAGUUGGAUGGUGCAGCCGACGGUCAUCACGUCUGUCUCCCCGUCGUCCGGCCGCGCGAGGACCAGAAGUCGACGCGCGACUCAGCCGUCCUCCCCGGCAGGUGCGAACAAGGCGAAGCCCUGCAGCAGGAAAGGGCAGAGAGAGCAGCCAUCCAAAGAGGAGGAGGAGAGGAGGAGGAUCAGGAGAGAGAGGAACAAAAUUGCUGCAGCAAAGUGUCGCAACAGACGGAGGGAGCUGAUAGACACUCUACAGGCGGAAACUGACAUGCUCGAGGAUGAGAAGUCUUCCCUCCAGACGGAGAUAUCCGACCUGCUGAGGGAGAAGGAGAGACUGGAGCAGGUCUUAGCCUCCCACAGACCAUCCUGCAAGAUCCCUGUAAAUGAUGGUGAUGAUGAGGAGGAGGAGGAGGAUAAUGAAGAGGAUGUUAACACAAUGCUGCAGGAUCCCCCGGCCUCCCCGCAGCUGCUGUACAUCGCAGACAAUGGAAAAACACCAGAGGGCAAUACAGCGAUUGGAGAAGCCCAUGUUGGUCAAGACAUGGACGAGGUCCCUUGCAUUCCUGCUGCAGCCAUUUUGGGGAACUCCAACAUCCUCCUGUGCUCGAGCGCAGAGGAGGAGGCUCUGGAGGACUUACGGGGAGACGACCUGGACGACCUGGUGCCCAGCCUGGAGAUGGCAGUGAGUCCAGAGACGGCUGCGUCUGUCCCCGACAUAGACCUGAGCGGCCCCUUCUGCCUCUCGGACUGGGAAACCCUGUACAAGUCCGUGGCGAAUGACCUUGAAUCCCUGAGCACACCGGUCAUGUCUUCCAGUCCCACUUGUAGCAAUUACCGCACAGUGUUCUCCUUUAAUUACUCUGAGAUCGAUUCCUUGGCCGAGGGCUGCGAGAGCCUCAAAGGCAGCCCCGGCACAUCCGAGUUAAUGAAAGAUCUCAACUCUCCGACACUUCUGGCUCUGUGAAUGGAAAAACCAAGUUAUGCACUGAUGCCUAAAGUAUAUCCUAACCAGCCAGCAAGCUAAAUGAUCUUUCUCAAGUAUUCGUAGUGUGAGAUUCGAUGUUGUGUAAAACCGAAAACAUCGAAGGUUGUGUGUAUAGGACAUGUUUUCUGUGGCUGUGACGUGAACAUGGUCGAAUUCUUCCAGACUGCGGGUGGUGCAGCUCUCCGAGAUGAGACUUUGUGCUGGUGUCAAAAAAGUGCAUGCAAAUAACAAGUCAUCCAAAAUCCAAGAAGAGGCGGCGGCUUGUGAUUUUAAAAAUCCCUAAAUGUGAUGUGAAGUGAGAUCAUGCUCCGUAGCCUUCUCUCCGUGUGCGUGUAAUACCGUCUACAAAGUUGUGUUGUAACAAGUGAAAAAAAAGAAGGGUUACUCGUGUAGCAUAUAGGUGUAACAUCUUGCUGUAAGGUGUCCCCUGACUCAACAUUUCCUUUGAAGUUUAUCAUCAAAAAAAAUAUAUAUAAAUAUAUAUAUCAUGUCAUGUAUUUUAUCAAGAUGUAUUUUAUGACAUAGUUUAUUUUUUUACUUAUGAAAUAAUGAUCAGAUGCAAAAAAAAUUGUAUAUUGGUGGAAAUAAAGUGAGACAACUGCAAACACUUGUUGUUGUUGUUGUUGUGUCAUACGGUCAAGAAUAUUCUUUCGAAUAUACAGCCUUCAUUUGGUUUUCAGUCACAGGAUCGCCCCUCGGCAGUUGAAGAGACGGGUUGAUGAC